CGCUACAUAUAUUUGACUUGUGGGGACAGAGUGAUUAUUGCUCUAGCACAAUGAUAGUUGUGCGAACACUUUUAUACAUACACCGUGUUUUAAAAAUCACUAAAUUGUAUAAUAUAUACAGAUAUACAGUGAAACAUAAAAAGAUGUAUACGUGUCAUGCACCUUGGUAGAGAAGCUGCAUGUUUUAAGUAGAUUCAAAAGUGCUGAAUGCUGAUUUAGAAUUUUUUGGUCUUCGAAGUUGUAUUCCAUAAUCCUAAUCGAACUAAUAUCACACAAUUGCUUAAGUGAAGAUAUAUAAACAUAAGUCACGGCGUAUGUGUAAAAGUGUCCGCACAACUACCAUUGUGCUAAAGCAAUAAUCACUCUCUGUCCACACAAGUCAAAAUAAUAAAACCUAACCUCUACUUCUUUUCGCUUAUACAGUACGUACAGAUCUUGUGUGCUACUAAGUAUACGCUCUUUUUGUAGCGCACGCAAAGUCCUUCAGGUAGACCUAAUAUAUAAUAUAAGAUUCAAUCGCAUCCGCGAAAAAAAUAUUUCGCGUAGGUACGCGCUGACGUGCGCCGAGACAGUCUCCUUCCCCACCCCACGCGAGAAAAGCAUGAGCAUCGCGCACGCAGUAAUAAUCCUUCCCCUUCCUCCACGUAUCCCCCAUUCCCCCAGCAUCAACAUGGCCACACAACAAAUGCCACCAGGGCUUCGCCAUAGCUAUACUAUAUCACAUGAAGUGCAUCAGUUGUUUUUAACCGUGUGCGUGCGCGACGAAUAGCUUAGCAGCUGGACAGAUGUUCGUCUAGAGGCCGUCUUCAGCUUCCCGAGUAUUCCACGAUGUUGAACCAGGCGGUGGUCGAGGCUCUCUACUCCGCGACUUACAUCGAGAACUACCUCGACUGCGUGGAGAAUUUACCCAAUGAUCUACAGAGGCAUUUGUCGCGGCUCAGGGAGCUCGACGCCACUUGUCAAACAUAUCUUCGUGAGGUAGAUCAGAAUCAAGAGGUGCUUGCCAAAGGCGAUACCAAUGGGUCGGCAAAGUCUCGAGCCUUGUUACGGAUACAGCAGGCACUCAUUGCUGCUCAAGAAAUUGGUGAUGAGAAGCUGCAAAUCGUUCAAAUUGUACAGGAUUUAAUAGAAAACAAAACAAGACAGCUGGAUAUGGACUUUAGAAAUUUAGAUUUUGGAAAGGAGCAAGAGACUAGUGAACCAGCCAGGGACACCAAUUCAAAUGUUAAUAACAAUUCUGGCAAUAAUGCUAAUAAUAGUGAGAGGCCAACAAAACGAGCUAGGCGAACAAGGACAGAAACGUUAGUGGAAUCUGCCCAAGCAAUGGACAUGAUUGUGAUGUCAGAGAACAGAUCAUCCAACAUUCAAAGCUCAUCAAACGGAAAUCAAAAAAGAGCAAAUGCAGCAAACACUGGGAAGAAGAAGAAAAGAAAGUCACGACAAGGUAAUCAACAGAAUCAGCAUCGCGAAGACACGCCUCCGCCUCCUGAAGAUGAUCUAGCGAUAGAUCCUGAUGAGCCUACAUACUGCCUCUGUGAUCAAAUUUCUUACGGAGAAAUGAUUUUGUGUGACAAUGACUUGUGCCCAAUUGAGUGGUUCCACUUUUCGUGUGUGUCUCUGAGUACAAAACCAAAGGGUAGGUGGUUCUGCCCCAAAUGUCGAGGAGAUCGACCAAAUAUCAUGAAACCAAAAGCACAGUUUCUCAAGGAGCUUGCUCUUUAUAAUAAAGAAAAGGAGGAAAAAUCGUAGCAGUAAUUAGAAAAAAGAAAUUUUUAAUGUAUAUUUGCUCCAACAUUUAAGCGUAAAUAGUAUAUUACGAUACAUGUGACUUAAACGACCCAUUAUUACACGGCGUGUAAUAAUGGGUUGAUUUAAGUCACAAGUAUCGUAUACUAUUUUAUAGCAUCUGCCUACCCUAAGUCCGUUAUGUCACAACUAUCCGUGACAUAAACAGUCCUGUACUGCACCGUGCAGUUAGCUUACGAGCGUAGCGAGGACGAUAAAGCACGGUGCAAUAAAGGACUGUUUAGGUCACGGAUAGGCGUGACUUAUACGCUUACUUAGGUUACGCAGUGCUAUAAAUUAUACUUAUAAGUUUGUGAGAUUUUUAAAAUUAAAGUUUGGAAAACAAACUUCAAUGGAAUGUCGACUGAUAAAUAUAUUUGAUUUUUGUUUUAAUGGUAGGUUUAAUAGAACAUGUAUUUGACUGUGUAAAGAAACUUUCAUUGUAAUCUAGUAUUUAAACAAAUAAGGAAUUACAUAUUCUUAAUAAUCAUACAUUCAAACUUUUUCCACACAUACGCGCGCUAGCGAUAUUUGCAUCGUUUUGAUCUGCAAGCAUCUGCCAUCACAAAAUCUAAGACAAAUCACAAAGAUGCGUGGACGUUAAUUAUGUUCACACUUGUCCAGUGAUGAUCACAUGAGAAAUGUAGUACGAAUCAGCGUCGAUCGGAGCAUUCAACGUUGAAUAGUACCUGAAAAACGAAAAUGAAGAUUUAAAACGACAAUGUAAUAAAGUUAAUUUUUUAAGAUGUCGGAUUAUGUAAAUUAAGUCUAAUAGAUCAAAUUGAAUGUAUUAUCUUUUGCUCUUUGUAAAAUGAAUGUUGUUUUAUAAAAAAAGAUUUAUUCGAAA